UUGGUAAAAGUUAGUGGCGGGACUUGGACGUGAGGCACUGCUUAGGCCGUAAUUAGUCAUUGUUAUGCUCAAAUCUUACAUUGUCACCAUACCAUCUCCAGCUCCAGCUUACAUCUGCAGCAGUACAAAUCAACGAAAGAGGACGGAAACUGCAUGUGGUUCAAUGUCAUGGCGACGGUAGGAGGACCUUGGUGCUCGGCUCUGUACCCAAAGUAGCCCCUAGCGAUCCACCCGAACGCAGGACACUACUACUCGGAGGGCAUAAAGCCUGGUGUUUCGAAACGUGCACGCGUUAGUGUCGUGUUCGCAGUGGAUCAGUAUCGAUCGCAGACGAAUUGCCGACAAUACCGGAGAGUGUGUUCUUGUGGUUGCGUGCGUGCGUGUUUACAGUGCAGAUCACCGUCGAAUAUCAGAUCUAGGAUCGUGCAAGUGGAACCGCAAAGGUAUCGCAAGAAUUGCUUCCAAAGGCGAAACGAGUCCCAAAAUCAUGGCCCCACCGUCAGGAAGCUACGAGUCGGUGACAGAGUUUUACUCAAAUACCGAUGUGUUUCUUACCGGUGGUACGGGAUUUCUGGGCAAAGUGUUGAUCGAAAAGCUGUUGCGCUCCUGUCCAGAUAUCGGGCGUAUAUUUGUACUGAUGCGAAGUAAGCGUGGCAAAUCGAUUCAGGAACGAGUGGUCGAGCUUGCCAACUGUCCUCUGUUCGAUCGAUUGAAGGAGGAAAACCGGGAAGCACUCGGCAAGGUGGUACCAGUGUACGGCGAUAUUACGCAGUUUCGCCUCGGCAUGCACGAGGAGGACAUCCAGCGGCUCAGCAAGGUGACGGUGGCAUUCCAUUUGGCUGCUAGCGUACGCUUCGAUGAUCCAUUAAAGGAUGCGAUUAAAACAAACAUCUGCUCGACGCAGGAGAUGUUUGAGGUGCUCAAGAGUGCCGCCCCCAAAAUACGUGCCGUGGUGCACGUGUCGACAGCCUACAGCAAUCCCGAGAUUCGAUCUGUGGAGGAAAAGCUCUACCCGCCAAAGUAUGACUGGAGGAAGCUGGUACAAGCGGCGGAUCGCUGCGACGCGCUCACACUAGAUGCCGUUAUGCCGAAACUGUCGCAAAACUCGCCAAAUAGCUACACUUUUACGAAGGGACUGGCGGAGCAUAUUUGCCGGGAUUACAGUAACGAGUUGCCGUUGGCCAUUGUGCGCCCCUCCGUUGUUAUGUUCCCGAUCCAGGAACCAAUGGUUGGUUGGGUGGAUAAUUUUAACGGCCCGACAGGAUUGCUGGUAAGCGCCGGUAUGGGCAUCACAAGGACCGCGUAUAUUCAACAGACGAACCGCAUCAACAUCAUCCCAGUCGAUGUCGUCGUAAAGAAUCUCAUACUUGCGGCCUGGAAAAGGGGCACGAUCGAGCGAAACGUCGGCCCGGACCACCUUCCAAUCUAUAACAGUGCGGUCACUUAUCAGCAGUCCGUCGAAUAUAAAGAAAUGCUGGAUCGUGGCAAGGAAUACCUAUUCGAGGUACCCUUCAGCCGCAUGCUUUGGGUCCCCGGUGGAUCACCAACGAACUGGAAAGCAUGGUACUAUGUGAAGCUUUUGUUCACAAUGAUUCUGCCGGCACUGUGUUUGGAUGUUUUACUGCGUGUACUAGGCUACAAACCAUUCUUAAUGAAUCUGCAAACCAGAAUAUAUGUGGGUCAGCUUUCGAUACAGUACUUUGCGUGGCACGAAUGGCACUUUGAAACGAAGCAGAUGAAUAGUUUGCCCAACUUCUUAAACGAAAAGGACCGAAAUGCUUUCGGAUGGUACUUGCCAAAUGAGACACUGACUGGUGACUAUCUAAAGAAUGCAUACAUUACCAUCAGGCGUCAUCUGGUGAAGGAUCCGGACGAGACGAUCGCUUACGCCAAGCGGAAGUUAGCACGCAUGAUGCUGUUCGAGCGAAUCAUACAGCUAACUGCCUUCGGAUUCGUGCUGAUCGGUGUUUGCCGGUCACUUUUUGGCGGAAGGUUUAACGAGUUGUAAUAAACGUUUCAUAAUGUUUCCGGUA